AUGGCACCAAAAACCCUCCCACCCAUUGCCAAACAAAAUCUCAUCCUCACCUACUUGCACAACUCUCGCACGGCCCACUCGAUCAAAGAGCUCGAGAAAGCUCUCCCGUCUGUCGCCUCCAUCAAUGGCAUGCAAGUCAAAGACUACCUCCAAGCCCUAAGCGACGAAGGCAAGAUCCGAGUAGAGAAAAUUGGCAGUGGGAACUGGUACUGGAGCUUCCUAUCCGAGGAGAAAAAAAGCCGUGACAAUGUGUUGGGGAUGCUGAAAGAAGAAUUGGCGAAGGUCGAGGCUUCGCUGGGGGAGUUGGAAGAGAAGCUUAGGGAGGCGAGUGAGAAGAGGGGGAGGAUGAUGAGGGUAGGGGGAAUUAGUCAGUGCAAAGCUGGAGUUGGACGGGGAGGUUGGAGUAUUGAGGAAAGAAUUGGAGGGUUACAAGGAUGGUGA